GGAAAAAUAAUGUCCAAUAAGUUUGUAAUGUAAGCUUAGAGAUGCCGCUCAUUAAGCAAACGUACAGUUAAUGUAUUGAAAGCACUAGUGUUGGUGUGUGUGUGGUAUCAGUGCUUUGACUACAAUAUUGUAAGUGUUUUAAUAGAGAUAGCAUUGCAUUACAAUAAUAGUGUUGACAACCAAAACAUAUAUUGUCUAACAAUUUGACAGUUUGUCGACUUUAUAACCAAUUGAUCAGUUGGUCAAUGAGUGUACAAAAUGUGGUCAUUGAGUGUAAUUGUCUACUGUUUGGUGGUUAUGAUGAACUCUGCCGACGGUAACUCACGAUCGGCGCUAAACUACGAUAUAUGUGACCAACACUUAUGUGUGGGUUUGGGUUCAUCACCGGCUAAGGACUGCAUUGAAGACAAGUCUUGUUUGGUUCUGUUGUCCGUUCAUAUCUAUGACACCCAAGAAUGGCAAUCACAUUAUGUGUUGUCUGCUAUCACCAGAACUUCCAGUGAUUCCCACACUUCGAAGUAUUAUUCAAUGGCUUUCUCGGAGGACACGACAAUGGGUGACGAUUUAGUGACCGAUUGUUACGUGACAUCUGAUGGAAAACCAAGACUAUCGACCAGUUAUAACGUGGGAAAGUCUAAUGAUAUGAACGAAGAGUUUCGCAUUUCAUUACAUUCAAUCAAAACGAGUCAAAACAACGGUGUGGUCACCUGUGAGUGGAAGUCUCACCGAAAUCGGACACACGAUGGCCGCACAUUUGAUCUUAAACUCAAGUAUCACAUACUACUGGCUGUCGGAGAACUCAACUCAGAUGACGGACAAAAAUCAUACCAUGACUUGAAACUGGCCACAAGUGAAGCGGUCAGUCUCUUACAAGUGGGUGCUAUCGGCACAUCUGAUCCAAUAUAUUUCAUCAAAAUACAUGGUUCAUUGAUGGUGAUUGCAUGGAUUGGUACGGUUAGUCUGGGUAUUGUGUUUGCGAGAUAUUUCAAGACCACGUGGAUGUCCAGUGAGUUAUGUGGGGUUAAAAUAUGGUUUGCUUUUCAUAGGUCUCUUAUGGUUAUCAGUGUUGUCCUUAUGAUUAUCGCUCAGAUAUGUAUUUUUUAUUACGUGGGAGAGUAUAGAAUAGGUUGGCAUCAGAUAUUUGGUUCGAUAGCCUUCACACUUGCAUUACUUAAUCCUAUCGGAGCUUUAUUAAGACCACAUCCCGAUGCUCCUAAUCGGUGGAUAUUUAAUUGGGGUCAUUGGUUUGGUGGAAAUGUUGGUCAUAUUACUGCCAUAAUUGCCAUAUUUUUGGCCACAACUCUAAAAUUAGCUGAUUUACCGAAACCUUUUCUAUGGACUGUCAUUUCAUUUGUGAUUUUUUAUGUCAUCGUUCAUCUUAUUCUUCAAUUUCAUACAUUUUUUAUGCAAAAUAGGACCUUUAAUUUGGUAGAAACUCAUGACAUUGCAAUGCAAGACAUGUCCAACUCUGGUGAUGACCAUCCCAUUGGAAGUGACGGACCGGGAAGUGGAUUCAGAAGGUUUAUAUUAGGAAUAUAUGGCAUCGGAUUAUUGGCAUUUGUCGUGGCAUUGGUUUCGCUUAUUAUUUUACCCAAAGAUACUCUUAAUAAAAUGGCAAUAACUUAAUAAUUUUGUUAUCUCUAAUUAUGGUACAGGAAAUCUCAAUAAAUUGUAAAAGCAUUUAAUAAUUCAAUGCAAAUGUAUAAUCAAC